CGCGGGGACACGGACGGCCGCGGGGCCGCGGGGGCCGCCGAGCUGCCGGGCCCAGGCGAGCCGAGGAGACCUCCCCGGAGACGGCCCGGAGCAGCGGGGCCGGAGGGCCUGGCUCGAUCGCCCGGCGGUCAGCGGGGAGGGACAGCGGAGGCCAGCGACUGAGUCCCGCGCCAGCUGCCAUGUCCUCCACCGUGAACAACGGCGCCCCCAGCAUGCCAUCCCCGCCCGACGCCGAGAACGGCUUCCCGCAGCCGGGCGUCUCCUCGGGGGCCUGGCCACGCGCGGAGGAGGAGAUGCGCGCCGCGGAGCCGGGCCUGGUGAAGCGCGCGCACCGCGAAAUCCUGGACCACGAGCGCAAGCGGCGCGUGGAGCUCAAGUGCAUGGAGCUGCAGGAGAUGAUGGAGGAGCAGGGGUACUCUGAGGAGGAAACUCGGCAGAAGGUGGGGACCUUCCGACAUAUGCUGAUGGAGAAGGAGGGGAUGCUCAGUCGGGACGACCGGCCUGGGGGCCACAUCGUGGCCGACACCCCGCGGCUCACCGAGGGCCCUGAGCCAGGGUUUGAGUACGCCCUGGAUGAGGAUGACGCUGAUGGCCCGCUGGAUUGUGACUGCCCGGCCUCCUGUGAGCGUGGCUCCCGUGGCUACAGGACCAAGCAUUGGUCCAGCAGCUCCGCAUCGCCCCGUCCCAAGAAAAAGAAGAAGAAAAAAAGCCGCCGCCGUAGGAGCCGCAAAAAGAGGAGAUUGGAGCCAGAGCACAGCUGUGGGACCCCUUCCCCCCUGCGCAAGAAGAGGAAGAGUGUGAAGAAGCAUCGGAGAGACAGGUCUGAUUCUGGGUCCCGGAGGAAGAGAAAGCACAGAUCUCGAAGCCCCAAGAGCAAAAGGAAAGAGAAGAACAAAGAGAGGAAGAGGCCUCACGCGGACUCCCCAUGCCCGCGGGCCCGUGGACACAGCAGUGGCAGCUCCGACAGUGUGGCCGCCUCCUCCCAAUACAGCGACUCCAGGUCACCCAGAAGGCUGAGCCCCAAGCACCGAGACGACGGGCGGAAGACGGGCAGCCAGCGGUCCAGCGGGAGCCGGUCGCCUUCCCCGUCGGGGGGCAGCGGAUGGGGGUCGCCGCAGCAGAACGGCGGCGGCGGGCGGCCACGGAGCGGAGCGCGCGGGGGUCGCCCGGGCUCGGCGCUCAGCCCGCCCGAUAAGCCCAGCUCGCCCUCGCCCAGGGCCGGUGACCAGGCGGAGGCCGACGCCCACACGCCGCCGGCGCGGGGGAAGCAGAGCCCGAGCCCGCGCUCGGUGCCCUCGUCGCUCGGCAGAGGAGGCCGCGCUGCGGGCCCGGCCCGGCGGCGGCGGCGGCGGCGGAGGCGGCGGCGGCGCUCGCGCUCCUCGGCGUCCGCACCUCGUCGCCGGGGGCGCCGGCGAGUCCGGCCCGCGCCCGCCAGGGACUCGUCGCGCUCGCUCAGCCGGGCCCGCUCCAGCAGCGACUCGGCCGGCGACGCCCCGGGACCCGGCCAGGAGCCCGACUCCGAGCGAGGCCACGGCGGGCACGCGAAACGGGUCAAGGAGCGGGCCCCGCGGACCCGGCCCGUGAGCACCUCCCCGUCCCCGAGCGCGCGGGGCCGGCACGGCGGCCCCGACGGGACCAGCUCGUCGCGCAGCCCCGGGCCCCCGCCGCGGUCGUGGGGCUCCAGCCGGUCGCCGUCCAAGUCGCGCUCGCGCUCGGCGGAGAAGCGGACCCGCAGUCCCAGUCGCUCUCCGUCGCCCAAGAAAGCGGCGGGCCGGGACAAGGACGCCGAGGGCCGCGCCAGGCACUCCGAGGCCGAGGCCGCCCGCGCCCGGCGCCGCUCCCGCAGCUACUCGCCAAUCCGCAAGCGGCGCCGAGAUUCGCCCAGCUUCAUGGAGCCGCGGCGCAUCACCAGGUCCGGCCUGCAGAGUGGCCUGUGGGCAGCCCGGGGCCCAGGUGGCCCCCGUCCCUCUCCCUGGCCGCAGGGGGAUGCCCAACGCCAGGAAGCGCCCGAUCCCCUACUACCGGCCCAGCCCCUCGUCGUCCUCCUCCACCUUCCUGAGCAGCGACUAUUCCAGCCACAGCCCCAGUCCCGGCGCCAGCCCGGGGAGCUACAGCAGCCGCAGCCGGGGGACACGCAGCCGCUCCCGCAGCCCGUCCCGGACCCCGAGUCCCAGCUCCCACAGCCGGAGCAGCUCCGAGAGUGGGGGCUUCUGAGCGUGGAGCCCCCUGGCCUGGUGCUUGGCCAGGACCCUUGCGGGAGGGAUGGGACCUGCACCCUAUGGCGACAGAGAGGUCCUGGGCCACAGAGGGCCCUAGGGAGGGGGCACCCUGCUGACUGGGGUGGGGGGCCGAAUUCUGCUGCUUCUAAAAGGUCCCAGCUCCCCAGACCCAGGGAACAAAGAGCCGCUGCGAUCACAGGGGUCCCCUGCCCCCCUUCCUGCUUGAUGCCAGCCAGGCUGGGCUGCCAGCGCCAUGCAGCCAAAAUCAGGGGCAGCUUCGAGGGUGGGGGACGGGGCUGGGAGCCUCCCGCCCAGGGCUCUCAGCCGCAGGCACUGGGCCCGCACUCCCACCCCAGGGCACACACAGCAGCAGGGAGUCAUUGAAGGCGGGUUGGGCGCCCCCAAGGGCCCCACCUUCCAGGCUGCCUUUGGAGUAGGCUCAAGAGAUGCCUGUCUGGAACUGGAGACAAGCCCCAUAGCCUCCCCUAACUCCCCUGGGCCCCCCUGAACACCAGCCCGGGAGGUCCCUUAGCCCAGGAGCAUGUUCUUGAGCCUCUCCCCCAGGCCAGGCUCCACUUCCAGCCUCACCCCUUGCCUGGUCCCACCCACCAGGCCCUCUGAGCCACUGGAGAGGGAACAGACAGGUACACAUGCACGCAGCCUAGGGGUCUCUGGGGUCUUGGAGGAGGUGGACGUCGGGAGAGCCCAUGGCUAAUGGCCUACAGGACCCUGUGUCCCGCUGGUCUGGGUGGCAGCGCAGGACAGCGUAGGCGCCAGGUUGAGAGGCUGACCUCCUCCCAGAAGGGUGCAGCAGUGCUUUGCAGAGCGUGGGGACCCCUCACCCGGACUGGCACCCAGGGCCUGCCUGGGGCGCCAACACAGGCCCUUCUCGCUGCCCGCAGCCCCUCCUCCUGGGGCCCUCAGGGAUGUUACCCGGUCUUCCUUGGCCCCCACAGGGCAGCUGGCAGAGCGGGGGAACAGCUGGGGUCUGGCCCGGGUUCCCCCUCUCUUGCCUGCCCCCCUCCUUCUCUCUUCACGGAGCGGAUUAUGGUUGGACUCUAAAAAUAAACACGGUGCCCGGAUGGCAUGUGGUGAGA